UAGAUUUUCCAAAUCCAAGAAAAGCUGAAAUUAACAAAAAAAAAAAAAAGUAAACAAAAACAGAGUGAAGAAGGCAUAAGUAGGAAUAAUCUGCCUAAGCUAAGCAAAAUCAAAAAGCAAAGCUUUAAACAAACAAACACAAAUAAAAAUCAAAAAGCAUAUAUCAACCAUUCAUUCAUUCACCAAGUUCUUCUGGAGAUAUAAAGCAACCUUCUUCUUAUAAGUUGUUGUUCCUUCUUCAUCUUCUUUAUAUAUAAACCUCUUGGGCUCAUUCAUACCAAGUCAAGAAUCAAGAUCAAGGGAGAUUUUUAAAAUCUCUUUACAAGUCCUCCUAAGAAGGUUUCAGAUUCAAUCAAACCAUGGUUGGUAUAUUUUCAAGAUUCUCUGUUGGUAGAAGCAGUCACCGACGAACACAAAGUGCAAUCGAUGAUAAGGAAGUAUUAGCUCCAAAUUCUGAUGUUGUUGCAGCAACUACCACAACUGCAACAACUGCUACUCAUGGGAUUGAAGUAGCUACAGAGUUCAAACCUGUGGAACAUCCCGUCGAGCCUUUAGACAAUGAUCUACCCAUUCAGUGUCCAUUGCCUGAACCAUCCAUUCUAAAUGAUGGGAGAAUCUGGAAGGAGAGAGUAUCAGCGUCUAUGAUGAGAAAAGGUGAUUUGCAGAUUGUAAAAGAUGAAGCUGCUUCUGAAUCAGAUGGAUCCGCACCAAAACCGCCUCGUCCGCCUCAGCCAAACCGUUCGAUCUUGCCAUCACUCAGUGCCCCUGAACACAACUUGCUAAAUCUAUUAGAAGAAUGCAAUGCCAUGCCGCCGGUAACAUCUAAGAAUGGAUGAAUAAAAAGUUCCUUAAAACUCCAUAGUUCAUAAUAUAUUAUCACACCGAUACAAACUUGUUCCUCAAACUUGAAUCUCUAUCUAUCGUUACGAUUUUACUUAUGUGUGUGACAAUACAAAACCAAAUCAUAGUGUAUGUUAUAUAUAUUAUAUAGGUAAACAGAUUCAAUAAGCUUAUUGCUCUAUAUAUCUCAAAACCAAUAUUUUCGUUCUUA